AUGCGAGCGCGUGAGCCUCUUUUCUUGACCCGUGAGGAGAUCUUGCGCGGACGAACGCAGAUCCCAAAGUGCCUUGCUGGUCAGCCGCUGUCGAGAGAGCAAGGGGGCAAGGCGAAGGCAGAACUUGACGUCACACGGUACAUCUUCGACGAAGAGUGGUUUGCUGGAAACCUGGACGUUGAGAAAGACAAGGGCGACAACAGGACGAAAUGUUUGUGUGGAGAAAAGAUCAAAAGACAGCAGAGCCGCUACACACUGCGCUCCGAGGAUAUGAAAAUGGAUGCCUAUCCCCCUUACCUCAAGGUAAGUGGGGCCGAGACCAUACUGGUGAAAGGCAGCACAUCUCAGUUCAUCAUGCAGCUGCAUGAGGGAGCUCUCUCUGCCGACAACAUUGCACAUAUGUUGGCCACACAAUUCCAGACGGAAAACUACUCUCCUGCCGAGGUAGAAUCCAUUAUCCAGCGUUGCACCAGGCUGGGUCUCAACUCGAGAUCACCGUCUGCUGCGCAAAGCUGGGAGAACGAACCGAUUGAAGGCUGGUGGUAUAAGGAGGACGGUUACUGCGAAGUACUGAGAAGGCAACGCCCCGUGGGACAGGAUAUCUGCGGUUAUGACUGCGAAGAUGGCUGGUGGAGGGACAGGCAGUCGGAGGAGCAUCGAGACUGGGAGAGAUGGGGUUGUCGUGAAAUUGGCCAAGAGCGUUGGAGAGGAGAGUAG